AUGCCCCCGAAAUCUCCUAAAAAAGGUUCCAACAAGAACUCUCCAAAUAAGAGUUCACCAGGUGGUAAGAAGGAUAAGGGCAAGAAGACAAGUCCACUUAACAGGAAGUCACCGGAACGUGACUUAAAAGAAGUUCCACCCAUUGUGCUUCGCAAUGCAAAAAGAAAAUUAGUAUGGACAGGCGAAGGUUGGCCGGAAUACAGAUUCAGUGAAUUUCGUUGUCCUGUUUGUCGCUUGGUUCUUAACUCCUUUACUCAGUUUAUGGCACACUUUUGCUGGAGGAAGUAUUAUCAGGCGCGGUUUCAUCUCGGACAAACACAGGCGUUUGCUUGUCGCACUUGCAGCCAAGUUUUCUACUCGCAUGCCGACUACGCGACGCAUGAAUGUAAUGACCACAAACCAUGCUACACAAGAAAAUAUCGCGAAGUUGAAGAGGUACUGCCCAUCGACUAUGCCGAACACUUUGACUUUUACUUGGCUUGGGCUCGUCGCACCGAAUGGGAAAGCAAGUCGCAUGACCCAGAUUGGCAGUUCAAAGUCCGGUGCAGCAACUGCGGUGGAAAAUUCAAGACGAGAAUCAAUUAUUUGUUACAUUCCUGCUUUCAGUUUGCACUACUACUGCCUGCCUCUAUCCGACGUCUGAAAACGUGUAUAUGGUGUCAUUAUGUUUUCUUGAAUGAACAACAAUACGGUCUGCAUCUGCCUUAUUGUCGAGAAGAUCGAGCGUUUUGUAUUGACUUUGCCAUUACGCUAACGGAGCUAGCUUGUCAACAGUUCGUACUGGGCCGACAUUGCUUCGAGUUCGAUUAUCAUCUUCAUCAUGGCGGUUCCGUUAAACAACGGCUGCCAGGUGUGCCCCCAGGAGGACCUCCGCGUUCACCAUCCCCCUUACCAGAGGGACCUCAUCUUUCUGUCAAUUGUUUCGAUUGUGGUUUCUUACAACCAAACCUCGUGGAGUAUUUCUACCACCCGUGUGUCGCUGGAAAGUUGAUAACACCUACUAAUUUGGAGUUGACUUUGUUCUGCACUGAGUGUCAUUGCCUGUUCACUUCCAUGGAAGAGUGUGUGACGCACAGCAAGUCUUGCUCAGCACUCGUAUUCACUUUUAUUCGUUUAAAUUCUCCGGAGCUCAUACGUUUGGCAUUAAAACGAUGGACUUCUGAGGUUGCUCGUAAUCCAUACUUGCCGGCCCGGCAAUCUAAGUUUAAGUGUGGUUGUUGUAUGGAGAUUUUCCGAGUGUUUGAGGUGUUUUUAGGACACCCUUGUCCUAAGGCUGAGCGAUACGAGCGCAUAUUCUUACAACCGUCCGCUUUGCUAGAAACAUACAGCUGUCAUGCCUGCCAUCUGGUUGUAUUUUCUGUAUCCGAAGCUGUUAGCCAUUCGGCAAAUUGUGCAAUGGGAAACUUACCCAAAAUGAUUCAAAUUCACUACAGCUUGGAUGAGGUGGUCACUGCACUUUCACCAUGGAUGCGUGCUCCUCAGUUGCUUCAGUUUGAUAUCAAUAUCGGUCUUGGGGACUGGGAUGAGGAAAUGGCAUUCCGUCUGGAAGAGGAUCGGAUCGCUAAAGGCAUAUACAAGGUUGGGUGUCUAGGUAGACACAAGGGUUCACAAAAGGCUUCUGCGAGAAUACUGAACUGGAUACAAAACCAGAGGAUGAACGAAACCGGGGUUGCGGAAGACAUUCUAGAAAACAAGUGUCGACCUAUAUAUGACAAGGCAAAUGCCGUUACUGUGCCACUCUCUGGAAUCCAAAUUAAUCCUUAUGCACCACCGCUUGGAAUAAAACCGAGAGUAGCUAGUUUGCACCGGAACGCAAAGGUUUGCUGA